AUGAAGAGCAUCCUGAUAAGUUCCCUAUUGGGAUUCAUCUAUGUAUCCCUGGUACAGGCAGAUGUCCUGGUACAGCCAGACUUUGAUGCCAAGCAGUUUUCAGGCUUGUGGUAUGUUGUUUCCAUGGUGUCAGAUUGCAAGGUUUUCCUUGGCAAGAAAGAACAUUUAUUGAUGUCAACAAUAUUAAUAAAUGCUAUGGAAGGUGGCAACCUCAGUGCCCACAUGGCCAUCCCUGGUACUGAAGGCUGUAAGACAAUGGAGGCAGAGUAUUUGAAGAUUGGAUCAGAAGGCCACUUCAAAGUACCUGCCAGUGGCUACCUGGAUGUGCGUGUGGAGGAGACUGAUUACAAAUCCUAUGGCAUCCUGUACAUCUACAAGGAGCUAGAAGGAGUACUCAGCACCAUGGUGCAGCUAUUCAGUCGGACCCAGAAUGUGAGCCCCAAGGCUCUGAGGGCAUUCCAGGAUUUCUACCCUGUUGUGGGACUUGAGGAUGACAUGAUGUAUCUGCUCCCCAAGUCAGAUGCUUGUUCCCAGGAAGACAUUGAGGGAAAAGCCUAGAGAAGUCUUCUUCAGUCACCACCAGUCAAAAAUGGAACCCUAUGGAGUUGCAGAUCUUGGAGCACUUCUUGGAGACUCCUAUGAGGCGGGGUGGGGUGGGGGUGUCCUUUGUAUUCCUUUCCUGUGGCUUUGCUUUGGGAUUCUUCCUGGAAUUUUCCCUUCUGUAUUGAA